GGACAUAAUACAAAAAAAUUCGGUCCGCUAGACGGCUAGACUCCGUCCGGUUCCGGCUCCCCCUCGCCGCACUCGGCACGGCAGUGCGCCGCUGCCGUGGGUUUUAUUUGCUGCCGACAGGGGCGGCGCAUUGGCGGCGAGCGCAGGAUUACCCCUUCUCGCGGCCAGCUUGAAUCCCCGGCGCCAAUGGACAGUUCCGGUGGCCGGAUAGGCUGUAGGAAAACCGACUGCGCCUCACGACGACCCCGCCUCUUACAAUCAGGUUGGACGCGGACGCCGUUCCAUGGCUGCUCACGCCGCCGCCGCCGCCGCCUACCGCGGAGGUGCGGCACAUGCAGCGUCCUCGCCACCACUGCUCAUCAUGAUCCCCGUUCGCGCGUCUUCUCCGGCGGUCCGCUCCGCUCCGCUCCGGCCGGUGGUGCUCCGUGCUCGACAGCUCGAGGUAUGCCUCGACUGGAGUCGUCCCUCGUCCGUCCGUGCGCGCGUGCGUGCAUGCCAUAUUGUUGUUGCCAUGCCAUCCUCUGGAUUCCUGCGCGCGCUUUUCUUUGACCUGAGCGGCACUGUGGCCUGUGGGCCCUAGGCCCAGGAGACGACGCGCCGAUACGAUGCGGUCUUGUAGCAGCAGCCAAGGAACGAAUAAUAUAAUCCUGGGGCGUCCUAGCCCGUGGCAUGGUUGGAGACGGGUCAAAGUUUUUGGGCAUCCACAUGCAGUGGUGGUGCAGUGCUUGCUGGUGCAGGCAGUCGGCCAUUCGCGAUGCGGCCACUGUUCAUGAUUCCACAAAACAAACUACAAACCGCCACAUGUGUCAUGUGAGGCUGUGCGCCGGAGCCCAUCUGUGUCUGCCUGUCGCCUGCGCCUGCGCCUGCGCCUGCACGGCGGCAGCAAACACCGGUCUCCGCGUCAACGGAUGGCCCAGUUUUUUUUUAUUACCUUAUCGCGUGUAAGCCACUCUUGCCUUUUGACGAUGGCAGUUUCCUUU